CGGGUGGAGAACGUUAGUGUGUGCUGUUUAUUGUUAAGGUUGUGUGGAUUAGCACUGCGGUAUGCAUCUCAUUCUCAUUUUAUUAUUAAUAUGGUUUACGAGGGACAAGAUAUGCGACGAGUUUCGCCCUCUUCAUGCAUCUUUGUGUGGAGUUGGACUGGCAGCUGCUGCUUCCGGUGGUGGGACGGGAUUCCAACACUACAGCAACAACAAAUAAGGAUGGAGUGGAUGAUGUGGAAGACUAUGCUCCAAAACUGAUUUGCAUCCUAGGAACAGCCUCACCUGUUAUGGCGAACUCUGUGGCCACUCUGGUGGUCCAAGCAGAACUCUUAGCUCCGCAAUCCUCCGCCUCCCUCUCUCCUUUCCCCUCCCUCCUCGGCUCAGGCGAGGAGGGUGAGGAUGACCGGGAGAGGGAUGACCUGGUGGAGGGCAACAAGGGCAUAGUGGGCAGCGUGGAGGUGGUUCUGGACAUGGAGGCCUCGUCGGUGUCGGCCCAGCAGGCCGAGCAGUCCGAACAGUCCGAGCAGUCUGAGCAUCCCUUCCAGUGUCUGGAUUGCGGCAAGAGCUUCAGGUGGUCGUCCCGGCUCACGCACCACCAGCGGAGCCACAACAAUGAGAGACCUUACCGCUGCAACCUUUGUCCCAAGGCCUUUAAGGGCUCCUCCGCGUUGCUCUAUCAUCAAAGGUCUCACUCGGGAGAGAAGCCUUACAAAUGUCAAGAUUGUGGCAAAGCCUUCAAGCGCUCCUCUCUUCUCCAGGUGCAUCAGAGCGUCCACACAGGAGUGAGAACAUUCUUGUGUCCGUAUUGCCCCCUGACUUUUAAAUGGAGUUCCCAUUACCAGUACCACCUGCGCCAGCACACCGGCGAGUGCCCGUACCCGUGCGACACGUGCCCCAAGGCCUUCAAGAACUCCAGCAGUCUACGGCGACACAAGAACGUCCACCUGGGUCUCAAACCUUACACCUGCAACGUGUGCAACAAAUCCUUCACUCAGUCCACCAACCUGAGGCAGCACAUGAGAAUCCACACGGGCGAGAGGCCAUACGUGUGCGGCGAGUGCGGACGCAGCUUCACGCACUCGUCCAACCUGGCGCUGCACAAGAACUCGCACUCUGGCCCGGCUGCGGCCGGCAAGGAAGGCAAGGGCGGGGAGAGUGGAGGGCGGGGCCGCGACAUGGUGGAGGUGGUGGUGGUCAGCUCGGAGGAAGAAGCCACAUCCAUGUUGACGGCUAUGGUGGGCUACGUCAACCAGGAAGGGGGCGAUGGAGUUGGGGUGGGGAUGGAGGAAGUCUUCCUGUCCACUUCUGCAUCUGCCCAGGAUGCAAACCUGCUCCCCGAGCUCGGCUCGGUUCCGUCAGGGGAGAACGCGGCCGCAUCCCGGGCCAUCGGGACGGAGGUCCACCUGAGCACGGACACGGGCGCCAGCCUGCUGCUCUACACCUGCGGCAGCUGCAGUCACACUUUUGCUACACGGACCGACUUGGAGGAGCACCAGUCCAUUCACGUGGCUUCGGGGGAACGUGGCUCCGGUGGGGAAGCGGCACCGGCGGAGGUAGGGGACGGAUUGGUCGGGACCGGCCACCUGCUUGCUGACUUCGAGGAGGUGGUUGAAACGACCGCAGCGGCUGAAGGUGCGCACACAGCUGAGGUACUCCUCGGACUUGCGGACCCAGCUGAUGAAAGUAAUUCAAGUGUGGGCGCCACCCAGGCCCAGUUUGACCUUCUGCAGAGCUUCAACAAGGUGAUUCAGAGCUCCAAUAGUGUUGAGCCAGAAGCUCCAACCGCAUGGGCAGGGCUGUCGUGUGGCUACUGCAAUAAAUCUUUCAAGACCAGUGGAGGCCUCAAUCGACACGUGUCACUGAUGCACUCCCUCUCAUCCCAGUCCCGCUCCCAGUUCAACUGCUCGGCCUGCGACCGCUCCUUCCCUCUGCUGUCCUCGCUUCUCACGCACCAGCACUCCCACACCCCCGAGCAACGUCUCCUGGCCGAGGCCGAAGCGGAGAUCGUGUGCCCGCCUUCCCUUUCCUUGUCUCUUCCGCUGCCCUCCUCUCCUGACAAGCAGCAGGAGGGAACGAGGGACAUUCAAGCUGACGUCACAGCCGUCAGCAAGGAGCAGGAGGAACUGCCCGCCAAACUAGCGAAAAACUCCAAAAAGGCCAGCGGGUGCAAGAACACUGGCGCGGGAGAGCGGCCGUAUCGCUGCUCAGAGUGCGGGAAAGCCUUCAAAGGUUCGUCGGGGCUCAAGUACCACAUGAGGGAUCACACCGGGGAGAGACCCUACCGCUGCACAGAGUGUGGGAAGAGUUUCAAGAGGUCCUCGCUGCUCUCCAUCCACCAACGGGUGCACACAGGUGUGCGAGCAUUCCAGUGCCCUCACUGUGCUCUGACGUUCAAGUGGAGUUCGCACUAUCAGUACCACCUGCGGCAGCACACGGGCGAGAGACCCUACGUAUGCAAGGAGUGCGGCAAGUCCUUCAAGAACACCAGCUGCCUGCGAAGGCACAGCCAGAUGCACUCGGGACUGCGGCCGCACGUCUGCAGCAUUUGCUCCAAGUCUUUCUCGCAGACAUCAAACCUCAAACAGCAUGAACGCACCCACUCGGGCGAGAGACCCUUCCGGUGCGGCCACUGCAACAAGUGCUUCACGCACUCCUCCAACCUCCAGCUGCACCUUCGCACGCAUUCCUCGCAGAAGGACUUCAAAUGCCCGUACUGCUCCAAAGAGUUCGUCAUGCACUCGUACUUGCAGAGGCACAUCCGGACGCACGGCGGCUCCCUCCCGCUGCCGUCCGGCGAAGGCGCAGGUCGGGACGGCGUGUCGGUGAAGGCCAGCGUGGGAGGGGUCACCACCACCACCACGCUCCUCAACCCCAUCACCUUGGAAUCGUCGGGAAACAACGGGAGCCUGAUCGUGUCUCAGCCGGCUCUCAACAUCCCUGUCAACACCUCGCAGAACUAUUUCAUGAUUCAGACGGCCAGCGGCUUACAGCUCAUCCCUUUAUCAGGUCCGGCCCCUCCGCCGGCCCCACCUCCGCCGCCCCCGCCGCCAUCCCAGCCCCAAAAUUUCUACCUGCUCCAGUGCCCCUCGACCAACGGCUCCCAACCGAGUUUGAUUCUGGUGCCCACGGCUAACCGGCCUCCGGCGGCCCCAGAGCCCGCCGGUGUCCCCGUCUUCCAGACUCUGCAAGCAUUCAACAGCCAAACGCUUGCCCAGUUUGCAGCCGUAUCGCCACAACACCAGCAUCCCCGCAUCAUUCUCACCAACGAUAAUAAGAACACAAACGCGCCCGUCUCCUCCCUUCCGCCCAACUCUUUACUCCGCAGGCCCAUUUUAGGGAAGAGCAACCGGACAGCAAGGGGCAGAAGGGGCCGCAAACCAAAAUCGGUCAUCAAGGAAAUGGUCGAGACGCCGAGCGCGGAUGCGACUGACGGUAACCCGGGCGGCGUGACCCAGCCCGACGGUACCGCCGCCUAUUCGAACUCAUCGCCGUCCAUCGCAUCAAACUGCGCACUUUCUCCGUCUUCCACCGCUGUCGCAUCCACUUUGGGAUCUCCACAAGCCAGCGUUUCAACAUUACUUCCUUCAACUCCCAACAACAACGCCCAGACAGAACUGACCGAAAUAAAUUCGGCAAGGACCUUGACCGAGAAUCAGUUUGUGUUCUGUUUCGACAAUGAAGGCCGAGCGAAGGAGGGGCUGAGUGUUGAUGAGGGAGGCGAGUCGUUUGUGUUGCAGUUUGAGGCAAAUGAGCAAGGGGAUGCUGACAAAGAGGGAGAUAAAGGCGGGAUGAUGUCGCUUCUCCAGGAGUGGGGUGGGGAGAAGGCGGGCGAGAGUCAAUCAGGAGAAGAGGAGUGCGGCCAGGGGGGCUCUUUUGUCUUCCACUUUCACGCCGAGGAACCGGAGAGCGAUCGGUGCCAAGCGGGCUUCAGCCAGGAGCACGACAAUGGCUUGGUGCCACUCCACAGUCAGGGUGUGGUAUUUGGGGUCAGCGAUGAGGGCAAGAUGGAGCAAGAAGCCGGGGAGGGUAUGCAGAUGAUAGCCUUGAUAGAACGGGAGGGGCCGAUGAUGGGAGAGGACGGCGCCGACUGCAGCGCAGCCGCUGGUACCGGGGGGAUCUUCCAACUGGAAGGAGGGGAGGAGAUUGUCAUCAUCGAGGUGAGCACCAGUAACUUAAUUGAGGAACGGAUGGAGGCGGUCGUCGACGCGGACAUUUCGCAGAGCAGCGAUGGGAAAUCAGAGGGCGGAAAUGAAGACCCGAAGGAAAAGUCUUCCAAAGAAAACUGUGCGGAUGAUACAGAUGGUGCUGCAGUCGGAGAUGGACUUCUGCCUAAGAGAUGCACCACUCUUACGAAUUGAGAUGCAAAGCUCGCAUAAUGUUGGGCCCAUACAGUUGAAAUGUCAGAAUCCACCGAAAAUGCACUAUAACCUUUAUAGGUGAACUUAAUUAAGAGCGUAGGAAAGACCUGUUGUGAAUUUUUCCAGUCAACUCCUUGUUAGAGAGCAGCAAGUUGUGCAAAAAGUACCAAAAAAUGAUGGACCUGCAGAAUUCAUAAGUUGAGAGAAGGUCAAAGUAAGGUUUUUUUUGUUUUUGUUUUUUUAAAUAAAUCAUGACUGCACUCAAAUUUUAGGUUCAUCCUGAAAUUUCCCCUGAAAAACCCAAGGGACUAGUAUAGAAAUAGUAACCGUGUCAGUGAAUGAAUGGACAGGUGCCUCACUUUACUAGCACUUUACUUUCAAUCUCCUGGAACUGAUAGCAUGCAGUUAGGGCAGCAAAUUGUGUCGUAAUGCCACAGUGCCACAUGUUAGAAAUGUUAUACAUUCAAAUAGGCUGGGCAUGAACUUAUGAAUUGUCCUUAAUAUAUUAGUUGAAAUGACACCAUCAAAGGCACUCAAUGUAUUGUUGAGCUAGGUUUUUGUGGGAGAAAAAAAUAUAUAUAUAUAUAAAUGGUCAAUUUGUUCACAAUCUUCAUAGUAGCUUAAUAAUAAACGUCUUCAUGAAUAA